GGUUGCGAGCGAGGCGGCGGUGGCUAAUCCUUCUAACGAUGAUUUUCCUCUUGCAGCAUUUCAUCUUUCUGGCCAUAGACUUAUUACUCGCAACAACCCUUUCCUGCCUCUUUUAUGCCUUUAUAUGCAUUUCCAUUGCAUUUUUGACCUGCUUCAUUAUCAUCUUCUCUUUCGGCAUUGUGGAGAGGAACAUUGAUGUGAAAGGGAAAGCAAUUGUAGUUCUCGUGUCCAACAGCUCCAUUGGGAGGAUGUUUGCAAGGAACCUGGAUAAAGCAGGUUUCAGGGUGUCUGCUGCACACUGGCCUCCUCGAGAGGAGGGGACAGCUACAGAAGAAGAGUGCUUUUCAAGCACGGAGGUAGCCCAGCUCCACAUGACUGAAGAUGAGUAUCAGAAGACAAUGAAAACCUUCAUAGAAAGCCACUUAUCCCUGAAAGGCUCUGCAGAAGAAGGACAUUUGGGAAGUCAGAGCACGCACCAUGGAGCCUCCCCUACCGCAGACACCCUUCAAAGAGGCGGCAUGUAUGGGAUGAUGAAGAAGCCAUCAAUCCUGAUAUGGGAAGAGGAACCAGACACAUGCAGUGAGAAAUGUGAGAGAAAAACACUUGAGAGAAAAAACUCCUCUAAAUGGAAGAAGGUUUUCAAGGCUCCAGCCCUCUGUGUUGCAGUCCUCUUUUGCCCACUGAACUGCACCCUGACUUUCCUGAAGAAGAGAAGCCUGAAGCUCCUUGUGCCUCUGCUGAAAUCCAAGAACUGAGAGCCAGGAAGGAAACCCAGAGAGCGCUACAUGUUAAAACUGUCACGCCACAAUGGAAAAAUGCUACAGGAAGGAGCAUAUCUGGGAUCAGAAGUGACAAACUCCUGGCAGGGGAGGAUUACAAGUGGUGACUUCAAAUGCAAGACAAGAAAAAAAUUGUAGAUGAAGACAGAAAGCACCUCCUGAACCACGAGGCAGGUCUCCAACUCCCUUGCAAGUCUCAUCUAUAAGGAACAGAACACAGAGACACUGAAACUUUGGGUUGUACAGUACAAUGUACACACUGGGAUAUGCACAGAGGGAAAAAAAACCCAAACAGUUGAGGCAAAAGGAAAUAAAGGAAGAACUCUGCUGGGAAGAAAAAUGCUAGGGCUUGGUUUUCAUAAUCUAAAAGCCACAACUCAGAACUGUCUGACUGAUGAUAAGAGAUGUCACCCACCCAGGGAGCUGGAUCCAGAGAGGAAAAGGAAAGCUUUCAAAACAGCUUCUAUAAGACAUUAAGCCAGCUUAAUAUCAAGCCAGACUGAAAACAAACAUUUUAAUUCCAGAACAUCAAAGCAUUGGGAGAGAACAUGUUAAUUCCUGAAUGAAAAGCUUGGGGUUUUAGUCUUUACAUAUUUGGCAAGUAACUAGUAAUACGAAUAAUGCCAAACCCAUAUACUCUGCAGAAUGUCCCAGGAAAGGUUUCCUUUAGCCAGAGCCCCAUUUGGAGCCAGAGCUGUCAAUUCCCUCAAUGCCUAAUCACAUUCUGUGCACAUAACCUUGUGGGAUUUCAGCUGAUAAACAUCAUUUUCUCCUCCCAACUAUUGCAGGGGAUGCAUGUGAGCUGGCACAUGGCUAUUGCUUUCCCCCAAAGUGACCUUCACUCAAAGGAUAACGUACACAGUUGUAUUCAUGGUCUGAAAUUAGAGACAUUAUGUGAACAAGGCUCCUGAAGACUUCAGUGGAAGUUUUGCUUGCCCAAGAACUUGGGGAUGGCCUACAUUUGUUUAUAAAGCUUUCUGGUCCAUUGGGAUACACAAAACAACUGUGUACAAGCAUAAAAUUAUGACUGUGAGGCAAUACCACCAUAAGAUAAAUUAUAAUAUAGCUGCACUUAAAAGGGCUUUUAAUACAAAUUAGCUGUAUCAAACUAACACCAAAGUUAUAGACAGCUGAAGCUGACUAAGGUAUCUGAAUGCCCAGUUGCUUUUGAGUAGAAACGAGGGACUUGAAUGUUUCAUAGCAGAAAAAAAAAAAAAUAAAGUAACUUGCUCCUAAAGCCUACAAACCUCACGGAAAGAUUUUGCCAACAUCUUUUGGGACACAUCCCCCCAACCAUACAACCACUGAAGCCAGAGCCCAGCGUGCAGGUACUAUUCACCUCCACAGCAAACGCUGGGAGAUGUUUCAGACAGCCAGGGUCCCUGAGGUGAGAAAUUUCCCUAUAUGUGUUUAUUGUAUUGUAGGAA